AUGAGUUCAUCUUCAGGUGCCAGCAGUCUGCAGCCUACAACACCACAUCAUGAAGACUGCUCACCACAUUCUCCUGACACUCCAGAAAGCAAUUUCAAUGUUGCUCAACAAACCCCAGGCAUAUCAGCACACCGGGCUCAACCUGCUGCUAGACCUGGUAUGCCACCCCAAAGCCAUGGGACCCAGUCAGCAUCUGCUUCCCCAAGUCCAGCUAGUUGUUCAAUGGUGACUGCUACUGCUACUUUGCUGGCUGAAGGAGUUCCUCACACAGCUGCCAAUGCACUCCUUUUCUUGAGCUUGCCCAGCAGUGAAGCCUUGAAUGCUGCAUUAGCUGAAGCCAAAGUCAAUGCUGCAAUAAAUGAGGUGGCAGACAAAGCUGAUCGGGAAUCCUAUGCAGCAAAUGCAGCUAGUCCCUCAGCUGUUAUGGCUUCCUCCCAUCCCACAUCACAGGAAGAGACUGAGGCUGAGACCCAAGGAGCCAGUGAAUCCUUCCCUGUCACUGAGGCAUCUGCUGCCCCUGCUGGCCUGUCCACACCAACAUGGAGUGCUCCACCAGCUGGGACCACAAUUGUCAAUGGUACCACUGCAGCAAACACUGCUGCAGCAAGCACUGCUGCAGCUCCCAAAAAAUACUUGGAGAAACAACUGAAGCUGAAGGUCAUCCAACAAUUCAUACAUACUGUCAUUAUUGCAUCCACACCACAGUAA